AUGGCCAAGUAUAUCGUGCAAAUAAUAAUCAUCGGCUCUCAAAUAGUCGGCAAGGCACUGACCAAAGCUCUCAAACAGGAGUACGCCGCUAGCCAGGAGGCCGCUCGCAGGGCUGGUAGAGGACGUGCCGGCGCAGCGCACGCCGCGGCCAAUGCCAAGGCCGGCAUCACGUUGGAGGAGGCCAAACAGAUAUUGAACGUCCAAGAUAUGACACAAGAUGAAAUCCAGAAAAGAUACGAGUAUUUAUUCAAAAUAAAUGACAAAUCACUAGGUGGUUCAUUUUACUUGCAGUCAAAAAUAUACAGGGCUAAAGAACGACUAGAAACAGAAAUUUCCAAUAAGAGUGAAAAAGCGUAG